CCGAGGAAGGAUUGAACAGUGCUGCUGUGUGGCAAUACCUCUCAGACCCAUGGCUGGCAUGUGGGCCCUCCAGCUUCUCCUUUUGUGUCUAGCACCAGCUCUGGUACCUGCUGUGAAAAUCAAUGCCAAAGGGCGGGAGGUGAUCUACCUGGCCAAAGGUGAUUCAGUCAAGCUGGGUUGUCCGUAUGAGCUGGGACCAGAGGACAAUGGUCCGAACAACCUGGACAUUGAAUGGACACAAAUGAACUCUGACCCCACAAGCCUUGAUAAUGUGUGCUGUUCUUUGGUUCCUGCCCACCAGAUCCUAAGCUACCAAGGCCAACAAGUUAUCCGUCCCGGAUACCCCUACGUACAGCAGAGACGGGGUUCUGGAGCCCAGGAAUCGCGGCAUUUUGGUCACCCCGGUUUACAGCAGAAUGUGGUAAUUGGACAACCAAACAGCCACCAACUUGGUCCUGUCGGCUCAGUCGGCGACUGCUGCUUCGGCUUGCAAGAGAGAGUGAACUUUGCUAUCCCCGACCCGAGCCAGCACGACGCCUCCAUCAAUCUGCAGAACGUGCAGGUUACAGACUCUGCGACUUACGAGUGCAAGGUGAAGAAGACCACAGUAGCCACCCGCAAGGUGACUGUCACAGUGCUAGAGAGACCGUCCGUCCCCCAGUGCUCGAUAGUUGGCUAUGUGUCCCGGGGCCGUGAUGUCACCCUGCGCUGCUCCUCCCAGGCCGGGUCAUCCCCUCUCAUCUACCAGUGGAGCAGAGUGGGUAACUGGAUGCCCUCAUCAAUCACAAAGGGUCCAAAUCCUGGCGACCUAGUCAUUCGGAACCUGUCCAAUGACCACGUGGGCUUUUACCAGUGCAACGUGGCCAACAAAGUCGGGUCAGCCCAGUGUGUUCUGGAGAUCUCUCUAUCGGCAGGCGCCAAUCAAGUGGGCGUCAUCCUGGGGGCCGUCUUUGGCUCUCUGCUGUUGCUGCUUCUCCUCGUCUGUCUCAUCGCGGGACUGGUCUGCUGUUGCAAGCGGAAGCGCAGUAAAGAGCAACCCAAUCAACUCAGAGUUGACACAGCCCCUCCACGGACAAAAUGUACAAACAGAAACAGCAGCCUGCGAUCUGUCCUGGACUACAUACCUCACAAUCUCAGCUUCUCGCAGCGACGUAAAUACGACUCGCCGAAGGAGCAGGAAGGUAUCGAGAUGAUCACCCAAGCUAGGGAGGCAGAUACCAGCUGUGCUGUGGAUUCCCGAGAAGACCAAGAUGGCGGCUGUUCUUCUGUGGUCACCACCAAGGCCAGGGUACACUAUGCACCCACCGUCCCUUCUUCUUCUUCGCAAGUUAAAGCUGGAACCUCUUCUGCACAAUCGCCCACAGGCACAAAUCCUGGAAACAACAAAUCCAGCUCUGACCAGGAUCUGACCCACGGGAAGCGAAGCCACCCUGGAAACUAUGGAGGAGUUGCUGUGAUGGUGCCAGCUGUUAGCAGAGACGGUCUUGUAAUAUAAGCUCAGAGGAUUUACCACUUGACUCCGGAUUCAGUCAUUUUUGAACUGUGUGCCAGGGCACCAUGAACAACCUAUGAAAGAACUAGUGAUGUCCCUAUUAAUUUUAAUAAUAAAGGACACCUAUGAGCCCAGAAUACCGACCCACAAAGGAGGUUGACCACAGCCUCUCUGCACGAUCUCCUGUUCUGGCCUCCCAAUCAGCUUCUGCUGGGUGUGUGUGUGUUAUUCCGCUGCCUCUCUGUGUCAGACAUGAUUGAUCACUCCUGAUACAGAGAAGCAGCAGGAUAACCUUUGAGGAGGCUGCCAGUUGUGUCUCUCUAUGAGUCCCUGCAUCUUCCAGCGGUUGGAAUGUCCACAGCAGUAGCUUGUACAGUAAUUCCUUACACUUCCUUGUUCUAAAAGUAAACCUUAUCAGUAAAGAAUGACUCUGGUUUUCAUUCUGAAAGAGCGCCCACCUCAGUGAUCCAGCGGUUGAGACAUCGUUUCUGGUUGUAUUAUACUUCAGUUUCACCACAUGCUUCCUUUUCCUACUAUGCUGCCUUCAGACUGCUAGACUGACCUCAUACUUUAUGUGGUACCCCGCUUGUGGAACACCCUGCCACAAGAAACCAUCCAUGUUUGGUACUUGUGGAUUUUUUUAGGAAAUGAAGGUUUGCUUUCUGCCAGGCUGGUUAUGCAAUUCAGUUGUACCCAUGUGGUUUGAGGUGGCUUAAUAUGUUCUGUGUUUUAUUUAUAUUUCAAUGUAAAAUAAUGUACAAUAAUUGUUUGUCGCAACCUGCUUUUGGAAGAAAGGAAGGAUAUAAACCCUCUAAAUAAAUCAACACUUCAAAGAAA